AUGGACCCCGAAAAGCCGCAGACCUCGUCCGGAAGCGUAAAUUCAAAGAAUGAGAAUGGUGUCUCUCGAAAAGAGCACAUCGCCGAAGGAGCUCCCACGACACCUGGUUGGCCAAAUGCUGGACCGCGAGGGGUUGUGACGUGGCUAGGGCUCACGGGCGUCAUUUUCGGUUAUAUUUCGAUGGAGAUGCUCUUCUUGAUGCCCUCGACUAUACAAUCUGCGAUCAGCACCGAGCUGGGCUCGAGAAGCUAUAUUUAUUGGAUUGGCCUAGGAUUGAGGAGUGUAAAUCUCAUUUUCUGGGUGUUAUCCGGUUCAUUAUCCGACAAGUACGGGAGAAAGUCAUACUUGAUCAGCGGCUUUAUCGUUACGAUAGUUGGUUCUAUUAUAUGUUGCACAGUAGAUUCCAUUUGGAAGAUUAUCCUCGGUACGCUCAUUGAAGGGAUAGGUAGCGGCCAGCUGGGAAAUGCGGUCGCUAUCGUCUCCGAGGUAGUGCCACAUAAGCGUAGACCGGCAGUACAAGGGCUGCUUUACAUUUGCCCUCUUCCCUUCGUAGCCACGAGCUAUAUCGUAGGAGCCACGAUUAUGAAAAACACUACUUGGAAAUGGGUCUACUAUACGAACAUCAUCGUCAACGUAGUAGGGCUAAUCCUAGUCACACUCUUCUACCUUCCUCCUACCCGAAACUGCACAGUUACCUGGAGAAGGCCAAGUGUAGUACUUAAAGCUGCCUUACGAGUCGAUUGGGUUGGUUUCUGGCUUUUAUCGCUUUUCACCAUUCUUUUGUGCAUCGCUCUUCUUUGGGGAGGCUUCAAGACUCACGGGUGGGACACAGCUGCCGUGCUGGUACCUCUUAUGUUCGGCCUCUUGUCCUUGAUCAUCCUUGCUACUUGGGAGAACUGGUUCGUAAAGCGCCCGCUAUUCCCCAAAGGGAUGUUUCAUAAUCUUAGAGGUUACGGCCAUAUACUCGGGAACGCCGCUUUUGCUAGCUUUGGUUACGCCGCUGUUGAUCAGAUCUAUCCUACGCACGUCAAAACCCUCUACGCUACGAGCGAUAUCCGACAAGGCGUCCUCCUGCUUCCAUCCGGCUUCGGCCAAAUCUUUGGAGCAAUCGCAUGCGGGUUGUUGGCACGCAGAAUUGGACAUACCCAGAUCCAGCUGUCCGUUUCAACCUUCUUACUAGCUCUAUUCGUCGCCCUACUCGCUACUAUGACUCCUAGUACCGUUACUCCGGGGCACGCAUACUCGUUGCUGGCCGCAACCUGUAGUGGUUAUAACAGAGUGCUGAGUAUUAUCAUGGCUCAGUUCGGGGUUGCGGAUAAGUCUAUUGCGACGGCGACAGCGGCGCUUCAGAUCUCGAUGAGCAUGGGAUUAGCUUUUAUUGUCUCCUUCUACUACACAAUCAUCGAUAGCAUCGUUGGCAAAGAUCUAGUCAAGGAUAUCUCAAAAGCCGUGCUCCGGCUCGGCCUUCCAAUGACAUCGCUUCCCGCUUUUAUCCUAGCACUGGCGGCAGGUGAGCAAGCGGCGCUGCUGCAAGUGCCUGGAAUUACUCCACAGGUCAUUGAUGCGGGAGUCUUGGCUUUGAAACAUGUUUACAUGCACGCGUUCCGUAUCAUCUAUCUGCUCGGUAUGGCGUCGUCCCUCAUCGCUCUGGGCUUUGCGCUCUGCACACGUGAUGUCACGGAGAAGAUGACGGAUGAGGUCGCUGUUGAUAUGUCGAAAGGGGAGAUGUCGCUGCUGCCACUGAAGGCGAGCGAGGGAGAGCCCAUAUACGAGUAG